AUAAAUCGAAUCUGUGAUUUACUGAGGAGAGAUUGAGAAGAUGGCAAUGUUGGUAUUUUUGGUGGCUUUUCUUCCGGCUGUACUGAUGAGCGAAUGCAGACAUGAUGAUGAAAUGCUGGUCGACUGUUCUGAAAUUUAUAAAUCAGGACAAACGCUUGGUGGGAUUUAUACCAUUUAUCCAACAUCGGACAUUCCUGUCAGGGUUAACUGUCACAUGAUCACAUGUGGGAGUGAUGAAGACAGUGGAGGAUGGACGGUGAUUCAGAGGAGAAUGGACGGCGGUGUGAAUUUCUAUCAGCCGUGGAAAGAGUACAAGAGAGGAUUUGGAAAUGUGAAGGGAGAAUACUGGCUGG